CCGAGGGCAAACCUUUCAGAAUCUGCUGCCGAGAGCUGGAGACCUCACUCGCUGGGAGCCAGCAUGUCAGCUGUGGUCGUGGAGAACCCAGUCCUGAGCAGGAAACUCUCAGACUUUGGACAGGAAACAAGUUACAUUGAAGACAAUUCCAACCCCAACGGGGCCGUGUCACUGCUCUUUUCGCUCAAAGAGGAAGUUGGUGCCCUAGCCAAGGUCCUGCGUCUGUUUGAGGAGAAUGACAUCAACCUGACUCACAUCGAAUCUAGACCUUCUCGUGUGAACAAAAAUGAGUAUGAGUUUUUCACUUACCUGGAUAAACGUAGCAAGCCUGCUCUAGGCAGCAUCAUCAAGAGCCUGCGGUACGACAUCGGUGCCACUGUCCAUGAGCUUUCCCGAGACAAGGAGAAGAACACAGGCAGAAUUGGAUGUCUGGGGGAUGUAGUUUGCAAUGCGCCACUCUAUAUCCCUAAGAGACAAAUAGUAUCUUUGGGCCUGAGAGAUGGCUCACAGUUGGAUGCUGAGCAUCCAAGUGGGGGCUUCAAAGAUCCUGUGUACCGGGCAAGACGAAAGCAGUUUGCUGACAUUGCCUACAACUACCGCCACGGGCAGCCCAUCCCUCGGGUGGAAUACACAGAGGAGGAGAAGAAGACCUGGGGGACGGUGUUCAGCACACUGAAGGCCUUGUAUAAAACGCACGCCUGCUAUGAGCACAACCACAUUUUCCCACUUCUGGAAAAGUACUGCGGGUUCCGUGAAGACAACAUCCCCCAGCUGGAAGAUGUUUCUCAGUUUCUGCAGACUUGUACUGGUUUCCGCCUCCGACCUGUUGCUGGCUUACUGUCCUCUCGAGAUUUCUUGGGUGGCCUGGCCUUCCGGGUCUUCCACUGCACACAGUACAUUAGGCAUGGAUCUAAGCCCAUGUACACACCCGAACCGGACAUUUGCCAUGAACUGUUGGGACACGUGCCCUUGUUUUCAGAUCGCAGCUUUGCCCAGUUUUCCCAGGAAAUUGGGCUUGCUUCUCUGGGUGCGCCUGAUGAAUACAUCGAGAAACUGGCCACAAUUUACUGGUUUACUGUGGAGUUUGGGCUCUGCAAGGAAGGAGAUUCCAUAAAGGCAUACGGUGCUGGGCUCCUGUCAUCCUUUGGUGAACUACAGUACUGUUUAUCAGAAAAGCCAAAGCUUCUACCCCUGGAGCUAGAGAAGACAGCCUCGCAGGAGUACAGUGUCACCGAGUUCCAGCCCAUCUACUACGUGGCAGAGAGUUUCAAUGAUGCCAAGGAGAAAGUGAGGGCCUUUGCGGCCACAAUCCCUCGGCCCUUCUCAGUUCGCUAUGAUCCCUACACUCAAAGGAUUGAGGUCCUGGACAACACUCAGCAGUUGAAGAUUUUGGCUGACUCUAUCAAUAGUGAGUUUGGAAUCCUUUGCAGUGCCCUACAGAAAAUCAAAUCAUGAACAGAAAAUGAUGUCAUGGGUAGAACUUGGGAGGUCAACCAAAAAUCUGUUGAUAGAAAUAUAAUAACUACUUCCUUUCAUCUGAAAAGAAAAACUUUAAUUUGAAAUGUUGGCUUUUAUUACUUCUGCUAACACAGUGAAACAUCACCAAAUAAAUCAAAAUUCUCUUAAAUGAAAGUAUAUUAAACCCUUCCAGUGGUAGAUCUUUCAGAGUCAUCUUUGAUUUAGAUAUCUUUAACCUUCAAUUUAGUUUAAAAUGUAAUUUCUCACUUCUCACCAAUAUUUAUAAAAAUUUGUGAUUCUUAUCAUUCAGGAUUCAUUUAUUUGUUUUUAACUCCCAGGUAAGCCCUAAUGGAAUAUAUAUAUGGCUAAGUGUGAAACAUAAGACUAUC